UUUAACAAAUCCUGAUUUGAAAACCCAAUACACUGACUUUAUAAAUGAGUAUCUCGCGUUAGGACAUAUGGUGGAAAUACCCCAGCAUGAAAUUGUGACAGAGUCUUCGGGAAGUUAUUAUUUUCCUCAUCACGCCGUAGUUAAAUCUGAUAGUUCUACCACCAAAUUGAGGGUGGUUUUUGAUGGUUCAGUCAAGCCUCAAAAUUCUGAAAAAUCUUCUCUCAACGAGCUUCUUCUUGUUGGCCCUACUAUUCAGCACGAUAUCUUCACUAUUUGCCUUCGAAGUCGUCGUCAUGGUUUUGUUAUAUCCGGGGAUAUAUAGAAAAUGUUUCGGCAGAUCUUGGUUGCUCCAAACCACACUGACUAUCAGCGAAUAAUUUGGCGUUCUUCACCAGAGGAACCAUUAAAACAUUACAAGUUACUAACUGUAACCUACGGUACAUCAGCUGCUCCAUUCUUAUCGGUAAGAACUUUAAAACAACUGGCGAUUGAUUACGCGAAAACGCAUCCUAGAGCCGCGAAUGUUAUUUUCAUAAACAAAAAAUACCAAGACUGGAAACUCGGCGGUCAACUGACGUUUGCCUACAAGCUGCGAGGUGUGGUGAAUGUCGUGAACUUAUCGUUGUGUUCGUGUCCGAUGUGUGGUGAAUGUCGUGAAUCUAUAAAUGUGUGCGUGUUAACGUCAUUUACCAACAUGGUGGCUUUCACAUAUAUUCACAGACAACACUGUACACAACAGGGUUUUGGGGGGAAAGACGUACGAAAGUUUCCAGUCUUGGUAUUUUUUGUUUAUGGUUAUUGUAUAAUAUAUCAUCAGCACUUUUCUUCAAGUAUGAGAACAAACCGAAAUUUUAAGUUUCACGAAUCUCGUAUUCUCGUAUUCCAAUUUCCAUUUAUAAAAAUGUUUGUUCUCACGCUUGAAGUAAUUUGUGCAUGCUUUGCAGUUUAUUCAUUGUCAGAAUUGUCUGUUUCUAAUUUAAAUAAAAUUGAGUCGUUUCCAAACCAUCGAAGGUGUCGUGUCUUUUUUAUUAAUUCGAUUUGUUUUCUGAUUGUGUUGCAUUGAAAUUAUUUUAAUAUUGUGGAUUUAACAUUUUUGGCGACCGUGACAGGACACUAACUAAGAAAGGUUAGUUGCCUGUAAAACUAAAAUAUACAGUUAAAAAGAUUUUUUUUUUGUAUUGUCUUUAUAAACGGUAGUGUUUGUGAACAAAAAAAAAGAGUCUUGAAAGUGCUCUGGCAAUUAAAUCCUUGUUUCAAUAAGAGAUAGUGUCUUGUGAUUAACAACCUAUAAAUAGAAUAAAAGGAUUAACCGUUGAAGUGCUGUAACUGUGAAAAAUAAAUUCAUAUAAAAUAAAAUCAAAGUUUGAAGAGUAAAAAAUGGCUCAAUUAGAAAACUCUGCCUCUGAAGUGGACAUGGAAUACUACGCAUCACUACAAGAAAAGGUAGGUGAUGAGAUAUGUCGGUUGAAUCGGAAUUACUUUAAAGAUUCUGAAUCAAGGAAAACCUUGAGUUAUCUAAUAGAACGUCGAGAUAAAUUAGAUCAACAAUGGAAAGUCUUUGAUGAGACCGAUAGUAUUAUCCGCGAUAAGUUUUCUGACCAAUUAGAACAUCCAUAUUUUAAGAACGACUACUAUGAAGCCAUACUUAAAAUAAAGGAACGUUUGCUUAGUGACGUUUAUGUCGAAUUGAAAAACAAGAGAGCGAGUCUGAAGAUACGCACGUUUACGCAACGAUUGCCGACAAGAUUACUGGAACAGUUCCUAAGGGAACUGGAAUUGUACCACCAAAAGCGCCGGAACAAAAAAUGAAUACAGAGCAUAUUCAAAAGGUUAACACAGGGGAACCUAACAUUCAACCACCGGUAAUGACUGUUAAGGAUAGGUUUAAAUUACUAAUAAACAUCCUUGACAAGUCAUUGGAAAAAGUUUCUGCUGAACUUAGUCAAGGACGAAAUGACAUUUUCUGCAAAAUAAAAAUAAAAUCCAUUGAACAAAAUUGGACCGAAAUAAUGGAUAUUUUUAAAACGAUUGGCGAAUAUGCAUCUGUGGAAGAUAUCCAGAUUUAUUUCGACAUGCAGGAUCGAGUUGAGCUAGCACUGAUGGAACUAUGCGAACAAAUGGAGCAUCCCAAGGCCAUGAAUCGUUCAAUAGAAAUGCCAAUCGCUGCGACAAUGAAGCUGCCAAAAAUAGAACUGCCAAAGUUUGAUGGAAAUUAUCUUAAUUGGAGGCAGUUUUAUGACCUUUUCAAGCAGUUAAUACACGAUCAGCCGAUCCCACCUGCUCAAAAGUUGUAUUUUUUACGUGCGAAUGUCACUGGAGACGCACAUAGUUUAAUACAACACUUCCAGCCCACUGACAAGAAUUAUGAUGUGGCAUGGAAGACGCUUGUCGAUCGCUUCGAUAAUAGGAGGCUGUUGUUAACAGCUCAAUUAACAAAAAUGCUGUCUCAAUCACCAGCAAUUGGAACGGCAUCCAGUAUCAAUCGUAUGCAUGAUACCACAAAGGAAGGUAUGCAGGCUAUAUCAAAUCUGGGAUUUGAUACAAGCAGUUGGGAUCCGAUUAUUGUUCAUCUGAUCCUUCAAAAACUGGACAAGGAAAGCAGAACACUUUUCGAACAAUCAUUGGAUGAUCCUCGGAGUAGCCCUACUUUGGACGAGUUACUCAAGUUUGCUGAAUCCCGCUUCCAGACAUUGGAAGCUAUUUCUAGCCGAGAUGACAGAAAGAAGACAUCUGCAUUAGUUGCAGCAAAUAGCGACAACAGUAUCAAUUGCGCUAUGUGCAAUUCAGGUAAUCAUACAAUUUAUAAUUGCUCACAGUUUUUAUUACUUUCAGAUCUGGACAAGGAUAAAGCUGUAAGAAGACUGCAGUUAUGCAGAAACUGUCUCAAAGUGGGUCAUCACGCCCAAUCAUGCCAGUCUCGAAGAUGUCAGCGGUGCGAUGGACGACACAACACGCUCCUUCACCACUUCCAAUCGACUAAGCAAUUCGAUACAACAAAAUCACACUUCAACAAAGAACAAAACUACAAAGGAGAAGAUUCUUCAAGUCAGCCGCAGCAGCUGAUGAACAAAGCAGAAAACUCUAUAAAAUUGAGCACAAAUAUAAACAAUCAACAGAACCACAAAGAUUCAACAAGUCAGCAUGAUCAGCCACAGCAGCAGAUCAUCAAACCAACAGAAAUUCCUACAAAGGUUUGUUUUGGCACUUAUGCAAAGAUUCUGGAAGCGCUGGCACCAAGAAUACUUGACGUCACUUCAAACUCGACCAAAAUGGCAAAAAGUGCAACGAAAUCUCCAAAUCGAUGAUGUCGUCCUAUUAAAAGAACCUAAUCUCCCUCCAUCAAAAUGGAUACUUGGGUGGGUGACUGAAACACACCCCGGGAAUGAUGGCAAUUGCAGAGUCGUUACUGUCAAAACUAACAACGGC